GAGCGCCGUUAUCUACGGAACGAACUGCCGUGCCCAGAGUUGACUGUCUUAAAAUAUGCAGGAUCGAUAGAGCAUCGGUUCAGUUUGUUUUAGAACUGUUUACCGACAGUCACAGUCUCGCGAUCGAGAUGAAGUUGUUGAUUCUCGGUUGUUUUCUCGGUUCGAUUUUGGCCAGCAGCGCUAGCACGAAGGGCCCAAUCGUUGAAGUAGCACCCUCUACGGAACAACUAGAGUUGAACAAACGUGAAGUGGAUACGUCAUAUUUUCUACCUCGCAACAAGACCAUCCCGUAUCAUUAUUUUAUUCACCUGACGUCACAUGUGCAGAACAAUGAUCCAGUCUUCAAAGGAACGGUCGAUAUCUACUUCGAAGUCGCUGAACCAACCCAGGACAUUGUGAUGCAUCUGCAAGAACUGACGAUUGAGUCUACGGAGUUGAGUCGCAUACCAAUUGGUAUGGGAGUUCCAGACUUUAUCGAUAACCCUCAGUAUAGCGUCGAUACGAAAACAGAGCUGGUGACCUUCACCAGCCAAUCAGAACUCACGGCCGGCAAGUACAUCCUCCACGUCGCCUACACGGGAACAAUGCGGCGUUACCAGAGUGGAUUCUUCAUCUCGUCGUAUCGUGACGAGUCGAACAAGGUUCACUACGUAGGAUCGUCGCACUUCCAGGCAACGCUGGCUAGACGAGUGUUCCCAUGCUUCGACGAACCGGAUCUGAAGGCCACCUUCAAACUCUGGAUCACGCACCACGGCUCGUACAAUGCAGUUUCCAAUACGUACGUAGACUCGAUCAAUCCGGACACGGAUAACGCAGAGUAUCGCGUAACGCAGUUCAAAACGACACCGGUGAUGUCCACGUAUUUGCUGGCGUUUGCCGUGACGAAUUUCGUGGCAAAGACGGAAGACGCACAACAAGUUAUGGUACGUCCGGAUGCCCUGGGACAGGUUGACGUUACCCUGACGGCCGGAGCGAAAAUAAUUGCGGCGUUGGAUGAUCACACGGGUGUUUUGUAUCAUGACUACAUGGAUAAGCUGACGCAUAUUGCCAUUCCAGAUCGAGGAACUGGUGCAAUGGAAAACUGGGGUUUGGUCACUUAUGGUGAACCGGCAGUGUUAUUUGACCCGGCAGUAAACAGCUAUCGUACCCAUAAACGUGUGAUUACGGUUGUUGCCCAUGAGCUGGCUCACCAGUGGUUCGGAAACUUAGUCAGCCCAAGAUGGUGGGAAUACAUCUGGUUGAAUGAAGGUUUCGCAACGCUGUACGAGUACUAUGCAACAACGUUGGCCUACCCGGAGUUGGAUUACUGGGAACUGUUCAACGUUGAGGUUAUCCAACGGGCGUUGGGCCAAGAUGCCGUGGAAAGCACCCGGGCGAUGAAUACGCCUGCGGCCUCGCAAGAUGAAGUUCAUGCAUUGUUCGACAUCAUUGCUUAUCAGAAAUCUGGAAGUGUUCUGAAUAUGUUCCGCACGAUUCUUGGAGAUGAAAACUGGAAAAGAGCAUUGAAUAUCUACAUCGAAGGCAGCAAACUCGACAGCGCAACUCCUGACGAUUUGUAUGAUGCUGUCGAAGAGGCCAUCAAAGGAAAAGAUGUUAUCCCGAACUCUUAUACUGUGAAGCAACUAAUGGAAUCAUGGACGAACGCAGCUGGAUAUCCCGUCCUUAAUAUUCGUCGAAACUAUAAAUCGGGAGAGAUUGUAAUGUCUCAAGAGCAAUUCCUGACUAACAAGUGGCUCCCGAACGACCACGUUUGGGAUAUUCCAUACAACUACGUUGAUCGGAACAUUCGAGAAGCAGCCGAUGAAUCAAACUAUCAAUGGCUAACCAGCAAAGCUGGCGUUCUAAAGACCGAAACUGCAAAUAAUCAGUGGAUCAUCUUCAACCGCGAACAGUUCGGUUACUACAGAGUCAACUACGAUCGACAAAACUGGGAACUCAUUAUCGAAACGCUACUCACUAAUCCCCUAGCCAUUCAUCGUGCCAAUAGAGCACAGCUCAUCGACGAUGCCUUCAAUCUAGCUCGUUCAGAACGCCUGGACAUGUCCAUUGCGCUGAAACUACUCAGCUACCUACGUCUCGAAACUGAGUACGCUCCUUGGGCUGCCGCGAACAACGCCUUGAACUAUUUCUACAGCAAACUCCAAGGAACUGUUCACUAUCAAGGCUUCGUAAACUUCGUCAGUGAAAUGGUAUCCAAUGUGUACAAAACGCUCGAAGUGGACAAGGUUUCAUCUGAAGAAUCAACCCUGCACAAAUAUCUCAAACAAACGAUCACCAAUUGGGCCUGUCGCGUGGGACACCAGGACUGUCUGGAUAAAACGUACGAUGCAUUAAGGGAAGAAUUCAGCAAUGGAGUUGUCGUUCAUCCGGAUGUUGCAUCCGUUGUGUACUGUCACGGUCUACGGGAAGGAACGUAUCAGGAGCUAUCGUAUCUGGUACCCAAAAUGGCCAGUUCGAUCAAUCAGGCUCAUCGCACGGAGCUUAUAACGGCUCUGGGAUGUACCAAGGAUACGCAGAGCGUUACCUCACUGUUGACAAUAAUUCAUCUGCCGACCGUGAACUACCUAUCCACGGAGAAGAGUCAAAUCGUGGACGCCAUCGUGGCCGGUACUAGCUCGGAAGGCCUGGCCGUGCUGGUGCAGUCCAUCAUGACCGUCAAUGGUGCGAGAACAUUGAUGAGCGCCAUUGGUGAAGGAUCGUUCCGAACGAUGCUCCUGAACAUUGCUUCGCGGUCGAACAGCGACAUCGAACAGCAGAGAAUGCAGCAGGUGCUUACGGCUUUGGCAGAGCUGAUUCCGAAGGAAACGGUGGACGAUGCGCUCGGCCGGAUGAAAGCCAAUGUCGAUUGGUUCAACAGUUUGGAGGGAUUGGUGGCGGUGGAGUUUUUCGAUAAUUACUACAGCAAUGCGAUACCCGCAUGAAUGACAAUACAUAUAUAGUUUUCUUGUUGAAACAACUACCAAAAUUUGUUUAUUCUUGAGUAGUAGAAGAAACGCGUUUAGGGCGAUGCAGCAAAUGUUCAAGGAUCAUAUUUAAGCGAAGUCUAACAUAUAAGAAAAUGUAGAUAAAUGGUUGUAAGAAAUAGUUUAACAAUAUAAAUAAAGUUUUCUGCGUGUUUUACAUGAAUCAGACACACUACA